AUUGCACGUGCUCCCCUCGCCCAAUGAACUUCUUCGGCGAUUCCUUUGCUUAUUUAGCCAUAAUCAUCAGCGCGGCUAUCGAUCUGAGCGCUGGCAGACGACGCAGUGGGCUCCCCGCGCCUUGCAGAGGGGCUCUGCUGGAGUCAGACGCGUAGAGAAGCUCUCCUUCUGCUCCUUCUUCUCCUUCCUCCUCUUCUUCCUCCUCUCUAUUCAACGUCAGUUCAAGUUUGAUCAAUAUCGCGCUGCUGGUCCAAUUGGAGGAGCCGUGUUCGCCGCUCUCGCCAAUAACCACCAUCUUUGGGAUAAGUCGCUCCCUUUUUCUUUCUCAGUUGCUGAACAUUUUUUUUUCGCUCCUGUCCUGCAGCUCGACUCGCAGCUCAAUGAGCCCGACUGGUGCACUGUGAGCGCAGCGCGGUGAUCUGGAGGAUUUGGGCUGUUUUUUAGCGCCCAAGACUGCGUUUAUGAUUUUCCUCCACCGGUUCGUCGUUUAGGGGCUGAUUUUUUUUUGAAAGGUUGGACGAAAAUGGCACAAAGCGCGGUUCUGUUUCUAAUGUGGCUCUUUGGCAGAUCCCUCGCAGGCUUCCCCAACCAGAUUAACAUAGGUGGGCUCUUCAUGCGGUCGACGGUGCAGGAGCACAGCGCCUUCAGGUUCGCCGUGCAGCUCUACAACACCAACCAAAACAUGACCGAGAAGCCCUUCCAUCUGAAUUACAACGUAGAUAACCUCGAGUCGUCCAACAGCUUCUCAGUCACCCAUGCUUUCUGCUCGCAGUUCUCCAGAGGGGUGUACGCCAUCUUCGGCUUCUACGACAAGAAGUCCAUGAACACGCUGACCUCCUUCUGCGGCGCCCUCCACACUUCCUUCGUCACACCCAGCUACCCCAUCGACUCUGACGUCCAGUUCGUCAUCCAGAUGCGCCCGCCCCUGAAGGGGGCCGUCCUUAGUCUCCUGACCUAUUAUAGGUGGGAGAAGUUCGUGUACCUCUACGACACAGACAGAGGAUUCUCCAUACUGCAGGCCAUAAUGGAGGCGGCGGUGGCGAACAACUGGCAGGUGACGGCUCGGUCGGUGGGGAGUAUAACAGACCCUCAGGAGUACAAGCGCAUCAUUGAGGAAAUGGACAGGAGGCAGGAGAAGCGCUAUCUCAUUGACUGUGAAGUGGACAGGAUCAACGUCAUCUUAGAACAGGUCGUAACCCUGGGCAAGAACAGCCGAGGCUACCACUACAUCCUUGCCAAUCUGGGCUUCUCCAAUGUGAGUCUGGACAAGGUGUACUUCGGCGGCGCAAACAUAAGUGGCUUUCAAAUAAUCAAUCCUGAAAACCCCAUUGUGCAGCAGUUCCUUCAGCGCUGGGACCGGUUAGAUGAAAGGGAAUUCCCAGAGGCGCGGAACACGCCUCUGAAGUACACCUCUGCACUGUCCUAUGAUGCCAUCUUGGUGAUAGCCGAGGCGUUCCGGUACCUCCGGCGGCAGCGGGUGGAUGUGUCACGACGGGGCAGCGCUGGAGACUGCCUGGCCAACCCGGCUGUCCCCUGGAGCCAAGGCAUCGACAUCGAGAGGGCCUUAAAAAUGGUGCAAGUGCAGGGGAUGACGGGCAAUAUCCAGUUUGACAGUUUCGGGCGCAGAUCAAACUACACUAUCGACAUUUAUGAAAUGAAAGCAGGGGGGCCGAGAAAGAUCGGGUACUGGAACGAGUUUGAGCGCUUUGUAAAUAUAAUGGAUCAGCCGUACAACAACGAUUCGACCUCAGUGGAAAACCGAACAAUUGUGGUCACUACUAUUAUGGAAGCACCGUAUGUGAUGUACAAGAAAAACCAUAUGCAUCUGGAAGGCAAUGACAAGUAUGAAGGCUACUGUGUCGAUUUAGCUUCCGAGAUAGCCAAACACGUUGGGAUUAAAUACAGGCUGUCCAUAGUCAUGGACGGCAAAUACGGCGCCCGCGACCCUGAGACCAAGACUUGGAACGGGAUGGUGGGUGAACUAGUGUAUGGGAGGGCAGAUAUAGCUGUCGCACCAUUGACUAUCACGCUGGUCCGAGAGGAAGUGAUAGACUUUUCUAAGCCCUUCAUGAGCUUGGGCAUCUCCAUUAUGAUCAAGAAACCUCAGAAGUCCAAGCCGGGCGUGUUCUCCUUCCUGGACCCCCUGGCUUACGAGAUCUGGAUGUGCAUCGUGUUCGCCUACAUUGGUGUCAGCGUGGUGCUGUUCCUCGUGAGCCGCUUCAGCCCCUACGAGUGGCAUCUGGACGAGACGGAUGAAGCCAAAGACCCCCAGACUCCUCCUGACCCGCCUAAUGACUUUGGGAUUUUUAACAGCCUGUGGUUCUCUCUGGGGGCCUUCAUGCAGCAGGGCUGUGAUAUCUCACCAAGGUCCUUAUCGGGCAGAAUAGUGGGAGGUGUCUGGUGGUUCUUCACCCUCAUCAUCAUCUCGUCCUACACGGCUAACCUGGCUGCCUUCCUCACAGUGGAGAGAAUGGUCUCGCCUAUUGAGAGCGCAGAAGAUCUAGCUAAACAAACAGAGAUUGCCUAUGGAACACUCGACUCAGGCUCCACCAAAGAGUUCUUUAGGCGCUCAAAAAUAGCAGUGUACGAAAAAAUGUGGUCGUACAUGAAAUCGGCCGAGCCGUCCGUCUUUGCCAAGACCACUCCGGACGGCGUGGCCCGCGUUCGCAAGUCGAAGGGCAAGUUCGCCUUUCUCCUCGAGUCCACCAUGAACGAGUACAUUGAGCAGAGGAAGCCCUGCGACACCAUGAAAGUGGGCGGCAAUCUCGACUCUAAGGGCUAUGGUGUGGCGACCCCCAAGGGCUCAGCAUUAAGAAAUGCUGUUAACCUGGCAGUUUUAAAACUGAAUGAGCAAGGCCUCUUGGACAAAUUGAAAAACAAAUGGUGGUACGACAAGGGAGAGUGCGGCAGCGGGGGAGGUGACUCCAAGGACAAGACAAGCGCUCUGAGCCUGAGCAAUGUAGCUGGUGUCUUCUAUAUUCUGGUUGGCGGGCUGGGCCUGGCCAUGAUGGUGGCUUUAAUAGAGUUCUGUUACAAGUCACGUGCAGAAGCCAAAAGGCUGAAACUCGAAAAGAAUGCCCAAAACUUUAAGCCCGCACCGCCAACCAACACUCAGAACUUUGCCACAUACCGAGAAGGCUACAAUGUGUACGGGACGGAGAGCGUUAAGAUCUAGGGGUGCGACGCAUCACCCAUGAUGAUUGUGACAAGAAAACCUUAAAAGCGAUGGCUGGAUCUUUAGGAGGGACCAUCCUCUCGCUCACCACCCCCUCCCCCUCCCCUCCCCCGCCCACUCCAUACACAUCCACCCAGACCAUCCUGACUGCCCGAGGCGCGGUUAUCCGAGAGAAUUACCGGAGCGGACUUGUCUUUGAGAAGGAUCUGGAUGCGUUUCCUUCAGUGCCUUACGGAACAUUCUGAGAAUCACUCGAAUGCAAGCUCGUCACAGUGACAUCCACAUCUCUCCAAUCACACGCGGAUCGCGAAAGAAUGCCAUUGUCAUCUGUGAAUAAACUCUUGAACUGCGUAAAACUCCAUGGAAACCGAGAAACAAAGCCAUCAUUUGCUAUCUUAGCACAUUUGGAAGAGCCAGACUGACUGAAAACUGUUUCGGAGAGUGUUUGUGAUUGUUCGAAUGCUGCUGGACUUGGUCGUCAAGCAAAUCUACAAGAAAAAAGAAACAACAACAAAAAAAAAAAGCUUGUACUUCAUUAACUGUAAAUUUGCUUUCACAAUCACAGCCAUUGAUCAAAGCAUUAAUUUAUCAAAUUUUGAAUUAUUUCAACUAGAAAUCAUUUAAUGUGAGAGAGUCAGAUUAUAUGCUGUUACUUGAGUAGUGUCAUUGUUUUUUUUUUCUGUUUGGUGCUGCUGAUUUCUCUGAAAUCUGGCAAGAGGUUAUAUCUUAGCCCAUACAGGCUCUAGUUAUAUAAUACAUUUGGCAGUCAGUAACUGAAAAAUGCACAUACUGUAUUAUUAAUAUGACCAAAAAUAUACUAAAAAAAGUAUCGCGAUGUGAGCACUUAACAUGCGUUAAGUCGCAAUCAGUUUCAGAUGUUACACGAAUUCACGUAUACACACGUUAGUUGAAACUUUACAGCGUAUCUACAGUAUUUGCAUUCGUUUACUUGGAUUUUUUCGUAGUUUUUAAAGCCUACUGUCCGAGAACAUGAACCUACGGUACAUGAACUGGAUCAUCUAAAUGUAGAUAGACCGCAAUCCAUGAAAAAGGAUAUGGCUGUUUAAAAUGUAGUACUUGAGAACCUUGCAAUUUUUCCCGAAACAUUGCACAUUUAAAUAAAAGCUUUGGUUUUUAGUUUCACUUUCUUAGCAUUUUAGUGUUGGAUGAAAUACUUAGUAAUAAAAUAGCAUUAAUAACAUAAAUUUUCAAAUAGACUGAUAAAAGGUGAUAACAGGGGUCGUCUUAAAAGCUUAGCACAUUUACAUUUUGCUGUUACACUUUCUGUUCACUUGGAGGAGGGAAAAAAAAAACUGUGAUUCCAUAGGAUUUAGGAACGAUCAAUCCUGGAAACCGUGGAAAGAUAGUUUUCUAUAGAAAAUAAGCUUUUAAAGAGUUUAAAAAAGAAAAUAAACUACUAUGAAGAAAUGUACAUUUGUUUAAAUGGAAUUUCUAGCAGGAUUCACAACUGAGUGACUGAGUUCCCGUUUUGUUUUUUUUUUUUGUUUUGUUUUGUUUUGUUUUGUUUUUUUAAAUCUGCAUGUGAAAAAAUUGUGAUUGCCUAUUGAGCCCUGCAACUUACGUCCAAUCCUUGAAGAGCAGAAAAUCGAUCUUCAAUUUUUACAUAAUUUUACCCUUCCUUUUCCUGUUUCCGCACCUCAGCCCAGAGAACCUUACCAGGCAUCCUACUGAUAAAAGAAAGAACUGCAUGCGUGGGUAUAAUUUACUGAAACCUCAUUAGCGAGGCCUUGUACAAAGAAUUUUAAUACAUUUUGUAAAUAAAACCUGUAUAGAAAACACUGA